CCUCCAUUCAGCUCUUACUCUUAGCCACUGAGACCUCUCCAGCACUCUGCACAUCCCUUCAGCACUUCUACACUCUCACAGACCUCUCCAGCUGACAAACUUUUUUGCUAACAGACAGAAGACAGCAGAAAGUAUUUUUUUUAAUUUAAAAAAGGGAUUAUUCUUUGUGGUUUGCUUAGUUUAUUUUAAUACCACCAAAAAGGGAAAACUACAUUUUAAGACCAACUCUACCCAUCCAGGAUGUCCUUGCCUCUGCUGAGUGGAAUUCUGGUGCUCUUCUUUGGAAUGCUGGCAAGGAGCUCACCCACCCCUGACUCCCUGGACGGGCACACAUCUGUCACCGACUGCCCCUCUUGUGCCCUCUCCAGAAUGCAAAAGGAUAUGCCGGCCACUUCCCAGCAGGCAGACAUGGUGGAGGCAGUCAAGCAGCACAUCUUGACCAUGCUGCACUUGAAACAGAGACCCAACAUCACCCAACCCGUGCCCAGGGCAGCCCUCCUGAAUGCCCUCAAAAAGCUGCAUGUGGGCAGAGUUGGGGAGGAUGGCAAUGUAGAGAUUGAGGAUGACAGCCACAGCCGGACAGAGAUGAAUGAGUUGGCUGAGCAAAUGUCUGAAAUCAUUACUUUUGCUGAGGCAGGUGCCUCGCCAGGCUUGGUGCACUUUCAGAUCUCCAAGGAGGGCAGCGACCUUUCACUCAUAGAGCAGGCCAAUGUCUGGCUCUUUCUCAAGCUCUCCAAGACCAACAGGAGCCGUGCCAAAGUGACCAUACGGCUGUACCAGAAAAAGCAAGGCACGGCAAAAGGGGAAGAAGAGCUGGUCGUCUCAGAGAAAGCUGUGGACACGCGGAGGAGUGGCUGGCACACCCUGCCAGUCUCCAGCAGCGUCCAGGCUCUGCUGGAAAAGGGACACAACUCCCUGGAUCUGCGGAUAGCCUGUGAGCAGUGUCAGGAGGCUGGCGCCACCCCUAUCCUCGUAGAAAAGGAUGAGCGGGAGCAGUCCCACCGGCCCUUCCUCAUGCUGGUGAUACGACAGUCUGAUGAGCAGCCCCACCGGCGGCGGAAAAGGGGCCUGGAAUGCGACGGAAAGAUCAGCAUCUGCUGCAAGAAACAGUUUCAAGUCAGCUUCAAGGACAUCGGCUGGAACGACUGGAUUAUAGCCCCCACGAGCUACCACGCCAACUAUUGUGAAGGGGACUGCCCAAGCCACAUAGCGGGGUCCUCUGGCACCUCUCUCUCCUUUCACUCGACUGUCAUCAACCAUUACAGGAUGCGGGGUAUCAGCCCCUUUAACAACAUCAAGUCCUGCUGCGUGCCCACUAAACUACGGGCCAUGUCCAUGUUGUACUACGACGACGGGCAGAACAUUAUUAAAAAGGACAUGCAGAACAUGAUAGUGGAGGAAUGCGGCUGCUCUUAAAGCCAAGCAGACUGCCCUGAACAUGUAAAGGACAUGGUAGUUGGGGGAAAGGCAUUCCUCCCUUGCCUCCAACAGACCCACAAACCUUGACAGACACAGCAUGGAGUUAAAUUCAUAGUGUGCUGGUUACCAGUCACUUGGACCAGCCUGUGGCACUUUCAGUUAAAAAAAAGUAAAAAAAAAAAAAAAAAAAAAUAAAUAAAUAAAUAAAUAUAAUAUAUUUUUGUUACAAACAAGAGGAAGAGGGAGAGGGAGAGAGAGAGAGAGAGAGAGAGAGAGAGAGAGAGAGAGAGAGAGAGAGGAGAAAAUAUUUAUGUUGCAGCAUUCAUGGUCCGCACUGCACUGCAAUAAAAAUUUACGUUUUGAUAAGGUGCCUACAUUUUCAAAACUAUGCAACCUGUCGACGUUUUUUGAACUGUUUACCUUUUCAAAAAGAGGAAGACUUUUUUUUGAUGUAAAUGUUUUCAUGUUUAUGCUUUGUUGAGAGAUACUUGAAAGAAACAUGUUUGACCAGCUGCUGGAGCCAAACACUUCUCUAUAUAAUUAUUUUUAUGAUAUAUAUUUUUUUGUUGUUGUUUGUAUUUUUAUAAACGUUCUGAACGUUUACGAUUUGCACUAUACCGACAUUUGAUCUGCCUAAUCGUUAUUUAACAGGUAUUAGAGAAGAGGGGAGCUGCACUUAAAUGUGAGCUAAAUUAACUUUUACAACACACACAAGAGGUUUGUUUUUAAAACAAAGACACCAAAGAUUUAGUGUGAGUGUUUCCAAUGUCCUGUGUGUGGUUGUUAUUUGGAUAAUUAUUCACAAAAUGUCUUGCUCAGUCAAGGGUUGGGAUUUAAGGGUUAAUGGUUUUACUUGCCAGCUCUAAGUAGUAUUAGCUUCGAGUCCCUUUUACAUAAGGUGACCAUAUGACCGUGUUCAGCCGGACAGUGGGAUAGUUCAGGCUUUUCAACUCGCAACCCAAUGCAUUCUGGUACGUUUUACCUGUCUCAGGUACCAUUCUUACUUUUAAGAGAAGCAGGACUACGCUUACCAGAAUGCAUUGGGCUGUGAGUUGAAAAGCUUGAACUAUCCCAAACUGUCCUGCUGAACACAGAGCCAUAUGGUCACCUUACUUUUACAUAUCAACACCAAGUGCUUUUUUUUUUUUUUUCUACAGAGGUAUUA